AUGAGGGGCCUCCUGCUCAUCCUGGGCACGGCCCUCGCCUGUGGCCUCCAGGCCGUGGAUGUCCCCCAGCGCGUGGCGGAGCUGGACCUGGAGAAGGUGGCAGGCACCUGGCACACGGUGGCAAUGGCGGCCAACGACCCCAGCCUCCUGGAGCCCGAAAGCGCCCCCCUGAGAGUGUUCAUCAAGGAGGCGAGACCCAUGCCCGAGGGCAGCCUGGAGCUCACCCUGAGCAGGCAGGAGAACAACGAGUGCAUUGAGAAGACGAUCCUUAUGGAGAAAACCCAGGACCCUGCUCAGUUCAGGAUCGACUCCCCGGACGGAGACAAGGUCUUCGUGCUGGACGCCGACUCCACGAGCUACCUGUUCCUGUGCGUGGAGAGCGCCGCGGGCCCCACGCAGAACCUGGCCUGCCAGGCCCUGGCCAGGACCCUGCAGGCUGACCCCGAGGUCAUGAAGAAGUUCAAGCUGGUCCUGAAGGCGCUGCCCCUACAGGUGCGGCUCUUCCUGGACCUGACCGAGGGCAGAGGUGAGUGCACCCAGGCACCCGGGCCGCCUCUCCCUGGCUCCAUGGGAGGCUGA